AUGAUUCUCCGAUUUGGCUUGUUUCUUCUGGCUUUAGUUUAUUUGGCUACAGCAGCGCAAGAUUGUUUAUGUUACGGCAAUCAAACCGCUGCCUCUAUCUUCACUCCGACCAACCCACGAGAUAAUGAAUAUAAUUCGUGCUAUCCACCCGGUGGUGCCUGUCCUUAUAUUGCAGCAACGGGCAAUUCAAGUCUCGUAUUAGCCAACAUUCAAUUCAACACGUUUUCCUCCGCAAGCCAACCCAAUGACUUGCAAAUCAUCAUUAUGGAUGGCCCAACCAUGGCUUUCGACCUGAGACCCGCUGAUCUGAACAACCCCGACAUCGUCAAAGCGUUGGCAAACUUCGUAAGCCAAACUUCGGAGCUUGACAUUAGCAUGAAAUUUUAUAAUGGUGUAAAAGAUGGUAUCAUCAGUUUCUAUUUCCGGCCGCAACUGAAAGUGACCAUACCAACAUUGCCACCGACGACCCCACCUCCAACUUUUGCAACUGUGAGUGGAGCUCCAAGUCAACCAGCUUUGAUUGGAGCCGAUAUUGCCUUCGCUUAUGUAUCGGCUGGAUCGGAUCUAUCGCUGUUCCAAAAGAUGUCGGACGCAAUUACUGCAACGGUAACGUCUUUGAAUGUGGUCACGACAAACACGAGCCCAGCGGGAGUGCGACUUUCUUUCUGUGCGCCCUCGAAGACCAACAGCGCAAACACUUUUGGUGAUCAAUGGGAUCUCGAUCUGGACACGUUUAAUAGCUUUGUGCAAGUUGUACCGAAAAAGAUUGGUCUCGACAAAUCGCUAUGGGUCCCUGCAUUGGAGGCGUUUGUCGGUUCCGGUGGCUACUUUGAUUCUUCUUCUGAUCACCGUCCAAGAGAAAAUGUGCAAAAAAUUUUUGUCUUCUUUACCCAAAGCAGUCCAUCGGAAGACGCAGACACAUUAAAACCGUUGCUUUCAAAAUUGGCAGAAUUGGACGUUCACAUGGUUGUGGUCGAUGUUCGACCAGGACCAGAUACUUACUUUAAUGGGCUUCUCGAUAAUGAUUCAGGGGUCAAAAAUUUUGCCUAUAUGAACCUGGCAGCGAAUAACGGUUUCCUUUUCGAUUACGUUCUGCAGAGUGACAAAGAUCCCAAAUAUGGUUGCACAUAUGAUCAGGCCAAGACAAGCUUUAACAUCACUGAAACGCCGCUGACUUUAUCUUGGCCACAAGCCUUUGGUGGCGACACCCAAUACUGCAACAAUCAAGAGACCAUUUUGAAUCUUGAAAGUAAAGUGCCCAACACAAUGAAUCUAUGUGUUUCCGUGCCUUCGUAUUACCUUGAAACCGAAAGGGACUACUUGAGAUUCUACGCUGGCGGAAUGGAAAUUGCCAGUUUCACCGGACUUGACGUGGUUGGAUCAAAAUUCCUGAUUCCCGGCAAUCAAACAACAGUCACUUUCUAUACCAACGAAAACACGAUUUACGAAGGAGUUCAAUUCGAAAUUACGGCUACCACGGAGGCAGCAUGUCCA